AAAAGGUGGGCAACAAUUUUGUACCAAUUCCUAUUGUUCAUUAGCAAGUCAAAAAUUAUCGAAACGACAAUUAACAGAAGUCGUUACAGUAAACAUUAGAGAAAAACUACAAUGUAUUAUCCACCGAAAUAUUUCUUUUUUUACUGAAUGUCAAGAAUUAUUUCCUGCAUUUGAUAUAUCGAGUGGUAAUCGUUUUCAAGUUAUUACUGAAAAAGUUGUUCAUCCAAUCACCUUAAACAUUCAUGUUGAUGGGGCGCCAUUGGUGCGUUCCACAAAAUCAUCGUUAUGGCCAUGUUUUAGCUCAAUAGUAGAGUUACCACCUCCAGUUAGAGAAUUUCAGACCAACAUUCUUACUUUAGGUUUUUGGAUAUCUUGUAUUAAACCAGAUGUAAAUGUAUUUUUGCAAGAUAUAAUUGAACAAUUAAUUGAUUUAAAUCAAAAUGGUACCUCGAUAUUUGUCAAUGAAAAUGAAUUUAAAGUAUUUGUUAAAACUCAAUUCUUCAUAUCAGAUUUACCAGCGAAGUCAUUAUUUACAAAAACAAUAAACUUUAAUGGAUAUUAUGCUUGCACCAAUUGGACCACUGAAGGUAAUACCAUUUUUAUUUGUGUUUAG